AUGGCGAGCGCAGCGAUGGGACCGGACGCCGUUCCACCCGUGGUGGAGGAGGGGUCGGCAGGCGUCGGGUCGACCGAGGGCCAGAAGGCGCCCGAGGUCGAAGAAAACAUCGUCGAGGAAGGCGGCCUCUCGGAGCCGCUGAAGGAGCGCCGGUCCAAGGCUGCUAGGGACCGAGCCCCGCCCAGCGACGCCGACACGCGGGCGGGCGAGGUGCCGUCGAUUGAGGCGGUGAUGCAGGCGGGGGAGGCGGCCGAGUCGCGCCAUCCGCCGCCUUCUACCUUGACCUUCACUGAGCUCCACACGGCGCUUGGUGAAGCACACGUGGCGGAGGUUAAGCGAUUGACCGCGCUCGUGGAGGAGGCGGCGCAAAAGAACCGGAAGUUGAUUGCUCUGGGCACAGAGGCGCAGGCAAAGGCUCUUGCCGAGGCCCGGGAGGGAUUCGUCAAGGAAUCUUUCUACCGCGAAGCCGAAUUCCGGGCGCAGCAGAAGGGCCGGGAACUGGAAGACGUCAUCGCCGAGUACAAGGUAAAGCUGGAGGCCGCGACUGAUGCGCGGGACUCCGCGCGUGGGGCCGCCGCGUCUCUGCGGGAAGAGGUUGCGGCCUUGAAUCAGCAGCACGCCAAGGAGUUGGCUGCGGAAAAGGAGGCGUCCGAAGGUACGAGCGACUUCACGGAGACGGCGACGCCGCGGGAAUGCCUGUCGACUGCGACCGCGCGCAUCAUUGCCUGUGCGGGGGAGAUACUGGCUGCGCUCCAGUACCUGAGUCCGCGGGAGGUGAUUCCGCGGGACACGCCGUCCGUCUUCAGGGCCGUGUCCAACAUUCCGGCCGUCGUUGACUGGCUCCGCCGCUCCUCCUGCCAUGCGGCGCCUGGGGACGCGGAGAAGGAGCCAGGCCCGGUGGACUACCCCGCGGAGCGCCUCUUCCAUGCAGCGGCCACCGGCUCCUUGUCUACGUACCCGGUCGUUCUGUACACACCGAAAUUUCGUCACGGCGAUGGUGGCGCCGAGCCUGUCGUAGAAGGGGCUCCGGGGCCAUCCUCGUAG